AUGAAACAAUACUUAGCUGAUCAGACCGAGGAAAAUUUGGUUGAAUUCAAGAGAGUGACUAAUAGGAUAAAAAGAAAACUGAGGAAAAUUAAAACAGAUUCAUUUAAAAGUUACUGUGAAAACUUAAAUUUUUCCAAAGGUAUUCAGAAUGUCUGGAAAUCAGUCAAGGGUCUUAUUUCCAAAAACCAGGCAACUUCUAACAGUACAUAUACUGAUACAAAUAAUCCGGCUCUCCUAGAACUCCAGAAUGGUCUUGUUAAAGAAUAUAUUCCACUUAGGACACACAUCUUACUUCCUGUAACAGAACCUGAACAUCCGAUGAAUGUUGAGUUUAGCAUGACAGAAUUUCAGUCAGCUUUAGAAAUUUCUAACUCAAAAUCGGCUCCAGGUAUGGAUUCAAUUACAUUUGAUAUUAUUAAGCGAUUGCCGGCUAAUGUCAAAAAAUUUUAUUUACAGCUAUUCAAUAAAAUGUUUUAUCUAGGAAAUUUUCCGGAGUCUUGGAGGGACACUUUAGUGAGAUUUAUCCCCAAAGGAGGGGGAGGUUUUAGACCUAUUUCGCUCACUUCUUGCUUUUCUAAAUUGUUUGAACGUCUAGUCAACAGAAGGUUGGAGCAUUUGUCGGAGUCACGGGACUGGCUGCCGUGUUUUCAGUUUGGUUUCAGGAGGGGAAGAUCGGCUGUUGAUGCGGUAUCCUGUCUAGUCUCUGAUAUUUAUCGGUCAUUUGGAGAAAAAAAGAAUAUGGUUGCUCUUGCCUUGGAUAUCAAGGGGGCGUUUAGCUGUAUUUAUCCAGAUAAAAUAAUCCAAGAAAUGAUUGACCUAGAUGUUCCUGGUAGGUUGAUAAAUUUUGUAAGUUUUUUAAUUACCAAAAAGAAUCUUCAUUUUUCUCUUGAUAGAAGCAAGGUUAGGUAUUCAGGAGUGGGGUUACCACAGGGGGGUGUUCUUUCACCUUUUCUGUUUAGUUUGGCGUUAAGAAAAAUAGAGAGAUGUUUGGGUCGAGAUACAAAGAUUCUUAUGUUUGCGGAUGAUAUUUUUAUUUAUGUUGUUGAUGAAAAUGUUGAUAGUGCAAAGGCGAUGAUAGUGCAAUCAUUUAAUUCGGUGUCAGGUUGGUUACUGGAAUUCGGUUUGGAAAUAUCAAUUCCUAAAACCCAAUUCAUUAUAUUUAAAAAGAGUACGAAGGUAGCCGCUUCUGAACAGUCCAUAAUAUUAAAUCAUCAAAGUCUAAAGGCUAGUAAGAAAGUUAAGUAUUUAGGAAUUAUAUUGGACCACAAAUUGUUGUGGAAUCAUCAUAUAAAUUAUCUGAUUUCAAGAAUUUCUAGGGCAAACAACGUAAUAAAAGUUUUGGCAAAGGUUUCAUCAGGUCCAUCACCGGAAGUUUUGCGAGUUGUCUGUAAGGGAUUAAUGGAGGCAAUUGGCAAUUGGGGAGUUUCAUUGUUUUGGAAGGCGGCACAGACUCAUUUGAAAGGGUUGGAUAAGGCUAUAUUCUCUUCUAUUAGGGUGGCUACUGGCCUUCUGAUGUCUACUCCAAUUGCGAUAUUGCUGUCCGAGUUUGGUUUCAUACAUCCCGGCCUGGUUAGGGCAGAAAGAGCCCAGCAGACGGUUUUGCGUAAUGCACAGUGGCAGCUCCAUCCUACUCUGAUGAGCUUAAAGUCAUUGAGUCGAGAUUUGGAUGGUUUUUCAUUGAAGUUGCCUAGGGAAAGUCUGGGAGUAUUGUGUUCGUAUUGGGCGGCUGAAGGGCUUAUGGAUAUGAUGUGGCCAACAGAGCGAGCAUCUUAUUUUGAUCUGGAGUGGUCAAGGAUUCAGUUUGGUGAACAGGCAGACUCAAUUACAGGUCUUCUGUGGAAGGACGAUCAGAAUACAGAAAUACCUUUCCGGGAAUAUCUUAACGAAGAAUGCGGAAACAAUUUGCUCAUAUAUACUGAUGCUUCACUAAAUCCAAGCACGCUCAGGUCGGCCAUCGCAUUUUAUAUUCCCGAAAUGAACAUUCAGUAUGGAGUUAGGGUAUCAUCCUUCCAUACGGUCAAGUCAUUGGAAUUAUUGGCUAUGUUCGCUGCGGCACAAUUUUCAAGGACUUUUGAGUUAAAAAACAUACUAUUGAUUUCAGAUUCUAGGAAUGCGGUUUCUGAAAUGGGCAAACCCUUGUUGGGGAAUUAUGAGGUUUCAAGGAUCGUCCAAGAACUAAAAUUAACAUUUGAAUUGUAUCGCAAUCAGGGUUUAGGUGAGGUAAAAAUAUUAUGGAUACCUAGCCAUAGUGGAAUUACUGGCAAUGACAGAGCGGAUUAUUUGGCAAGAACAGCUACUGAGUUUCCAACAGUUGCAAGAAAUAAAGUAGAUUACGCUGAUCUUAAAUUAUCAAUCAAGAAGGAUAUUGAGUUUUGGGGUGUUCUUUGUUGGUCAUAUGGUUCUAUUGCGGAUUCUACUAAUAUAUAUUAUGAAUUUGUCAAUGUCAAAACUGCUAGGCCAUGGUUUAAGAACCUUAAAAUCUGCCGAAGAAUGGUAUGUCUAAUUAAUAGAAUUAGGUCAGGUCAUUUUCUCACGGCAGAAUACUUUCAGAGAUUCAAUUGGAAUGUUACUUUUGAUUGCCUUUGCGGAUUUGAAUAUAUGGAUAUAAGACACCUUCUAUGUGAUUGUCCUCUUUACAGGCGCGGUAGAGAUCGUUUCCUAAGAUUCUUAUCGGUGACUAAUACAACGACAAAUGAUCCAGUCUUUAAUUUAAGAGAGACCGCCCUCUCUAUGAGAAAUGGUACAGUAACUGAAGUUCAAAAAUUUUUCUUACAGACAAAAUUAAAUUGGUAA